UGGCUGUCUGCACAUUGGCUCCCCGACUCCCCGUUAUCACUACCUGACCCAAGCACUCCACAACCACCAGAAGCACCACCACCACCACCACCACCAGCACCACAUUCCAUCUCCAGACCGAACCCGUGCAGGAUGGCUCCGUACGGGACCUCCUGCGUGCUGCUGCUGCUGCUCUGCCUCGGCGCCUCCCUGGCCGAGAUGGUGUUCCGAUGCCCGGCGUGCACCGCGGAGCGCCAGGCGCUGUGCCCGCCGCCGACAGACACGUGCACGGAGAUCGUGCGGGAGCCGGGCUGCGGCUGCUGCCCGGUGUGCGCCCGGCAAGAGGGCGACUUCUGCGGGGUGUACACGCCGAGGUGCUCCGGCGGUCUACGAUGCUACCCGCAACCCGACUCGGAGCUACCGCUGGAGCAGCUGGUGCAGGGCCAGGGGCUGUGCGGCCACCAGAUGGACCCGGAGCCCCCAACUUGGAGCCUGGAUGCCCCCCGGGAGCACGCCAGCAGCGGGGAGGCUGUGGAGGCGGCGGUGGAGCUGGACGGGGAGGAGGCGGGCUGGAAGCCCAGCAAAGAGCCCUCCUGGCUGGGGCCCAAGGAGAGCGCCGUGCGCCUCCACCGCCAGGAGAUGAAGGCCAAGAUGAAGACCAACAAGGUGGAGGAGGCCCGGCCCGCCCGACCCAAGCAGACGCAGUGCCAGCUGGAGCUGGACCAGGUGCUGGAGAGGAUCUCCAGGAUGCCCUUCAGAGAGAACAGAGGGCCCCUUGAGGACCUGUACGCCCUGCACAUCCCCAACUGUGACAGGAGGGGGCAGUACAACCUCAAGCAGUGCAAGAUGUCCCUCCACGGCCGCCGCGGGGAGUGCUGGUGUGUGAACGCCGCCACGGGCCGGCCCAUCUCCGUCACCCCCGUGGUCCGGGGGGACCCCAACUGCGGCCAGUACCUGGGGACCCCGGAGAUGGACUCCCCCGCCGCCCCCCAGAUAUAGGACGGCCCGGGAGAGAGAGAGAGAGAGAGAGAGAGAGAGAGAGAGAGAGAGACUAAGCCCUCCAGUGCUGCUAGUGUCUGUUGUGUUUUCAGUUACCCCUGCUAGUUUUUGGGUUCGGUGAAUUCGGCGAAUUCGCGGCGGGCCACUCCGACGGCCUGCGCCGCGGGCCGCACGCGCCUCCAGGACGCGCCGCUCGCAGUGUGGCGGCGGGGGGGGGGGAAUGGGCGGAGCCUCGGACCGAUGCCAGCGGGCGUGUGCGGGCGCGCGGCGGCGGUUGGACACCGAUCGCGCGCCCC